GACUUCAUUUUUUUUUUUUAAUUUCCAAUAGAUCAAUCAAAAUCCUGCUAUUAUAGCCAGGUUUUGACUGACUGCCCUCCACGGAUCUACGGAUUUAACAACAAUGACUGGCGUGCAAUUGGACAUCUAACUUGCCGAUACGCUUACGGUUAGAUAUCAUUCAUUGAAGCUAAGAAACACUCCCCCCAUUCUCUCGGUGUUCAAAUCGACCUGGAUAUUCUAGGAGAUAUGCGGAUUAUCAUACGAGGAAGUUGAAUCCUCAAUAUUACUAGAUAGCAAUCAUAAGCAAUCUAUGAGUCAUUUUAUAAUGUCUAUAAGUAGUCAAGGUAGAUAAAGAACGAUAGCAUAUAGUUAAGUCUCGGAUUCUUCUUCAAUUGCUUGUCUUGCUCUCUUCCUUCUUUCCAUAUACCCAUCCAUAGUGCACCAUGGCCAUACCACCCAUUAUCCCCUCCUCCCCUUCCCCCAAAUUCUCAAAAGUCGACCUCAUUCCUUGGGACCCAGACUCUCCAUCUCAUGUCGAGAGGCUAUUCAAUCAACGAGUAGCAUGUACCUGGAACUCAGAAUACGUAGAAUCGUGGCGCGAAAAACAGAGACAGGGCGCUAUUACUCUUCAAUGGAUCGUCCUACCAAUUACCUCCAUUUCUCGCGAUGACCUUCACAAACUCCACACCACGCAUUACCCUUUGGAAUCAGAACCAUUGAUUGAUUCCGCAACAACGUUCAACGCACAACCUCGUACCCCUCCCUCACCACCCCACUCUUUCUUCCCCAUCGGCCACAUAGCCCUCGAAGUCCAACCGUCAUCCCCCACCUCCUCUCCCUCAUCCACCUACAAAAUAUCCGGCCUCUAUAUUUCCGGCGCCUUGCGCAGCUUAGGUCUAGGUCGCGCAACCAUGGAUACAAUGGAAACACUUGCUUCUUCGGCCCCGAUUUCUGCGCAAAAAUUAAUACUAGAAGUUAUAGCGAAUGAAUAUCCAGGGAAGGAAGAACGGAAUGUGGCACUGAAAGUAAAGAAGCAGCCGGUGGAGAGACAGGAUUGGUAUGCUAGGAGAGGAUAUAGGAUUGUGGGGAUGAAGGAUGGGAUGUGGCCCGAAAAAGAUGAUGAGGGGAGGGUGUGGACGGCUAGAUGUUUGUUUAUGGAGAGGGUUGUGGGGUAGAUGGGAGAGGGGGAGAUUUGGGGAUGGAGAGGAUAGUAUCGGGCACAGAGAGAUUUGAAAUAGGGGAUGCGGCCGAUACGGAUGAAAGAGACGAAUAUAGAAAAGGAGACGAGCGAAUACUGCCGCAAGAUGCGGCACGCACGCGACUCGCUAAAUUCUUGUAUGUAUGAUCUCGUAUCCAAUCAUAUGUCAUGACCCAAAGCUGUAUUUUCUCUUUUGUUGCAUAUCUGAGAUUCUGUCGCGGUGGAAGAUGAGCAAUUGUAUUACAGCUUUGAUUUAGUUUUGUUGCAUAUCUAACAAUUUCCCGCGGCGGGGCAUCAAC